ACCUACCUAGGUACUAUAGCUAGCAUUGUACACUCCAAGGUAGCCUUGACGCUUACAGCUCCCCAUGACAUGACCUUUGAAGCUUACAGAGUCUGUGGCUUGAUGGUUUCAUGAUAUUUCAUGUUAUUUUAUGAUCGCUCAGAUCGCUCAUUACGCUAUCUCGGCUUUCUCUACCGCGCACUUAGGCUACCAACGAUACCUACUUAGACAGGUAGUGAUACAAGUUUGAGAGGUACAAAAGAAGAAGCGUGCAAGGACAUCGAUCGUUACAGUUACAUUCCAAUUGUCGCGACGACGGCAACUGUCUCAAGAAACCGUCCAUCGGCUUCCCGGCCGACUCAUUAGCAACAAUGGACGGCUCACAUUCACUACCUCCCGAGUACUCCCUCCCAGGCUAUGACGACGAGCCUGAUCAUAUGCACAUGGGCACAGGCCAUUCACCAGCAGUCAGGUUGUUGACAUCGAUGGAGGACUCAAUACCAGAAACCAGACCUAUUCGACCGACGCCCCGUCGCUCGUACCAACCCUCAAUUCGUUCGACACCAUCCAGAGCAUCCUCUAUCCGCGACCCUCCUCAUAUACCAUUACCAGACUCGGCAUAUGAACCUUUUAGGCAACGAGACGGUUCACCUACGCGACCUUGGACGCCGUCAUCCAGAUUGUCGGGUAUUUCGGACUAUGCUCGUCCACCGCCUACUAACAUGCCCUACGAGCCAGCAGACCUAAACGGUAGUCCUCGACCAGGAACACCGUCCUCGCGUUAUGGAGGAAGCCCGCGAAGGCCACUCCCGCCUGCCCCCUUAUUCUCGGGACAUACUCGCAACUCGGGUUACUCAGCUGAUGAUGCAACAGUGAGCAUACCACUAGAUGAUGGCGACGAUGUGUUUGGGCCAGACUCAGACAUCGGAGGCGCUCAUGCGUACCGGGAAUCAUUUGCGCAGUCACAGAUGACCCUUAACGAGGAAGACGAUCUCCAGACACCAAUGACCGAAAAGGUUGAGCAUUAUGGUGCGGCGCCUGAAGGAAAACAGGAACGUCGUGGUGUUCGCGCCCCUGUUACCUCCAAGAAGGAGGUGCAACUCAUUAAUGGUGAACUCAUUCUAGAGUGCAAGAUCCCAACAAUCUUGUACAGCUUCCUGCCACGACGCGACGAGAUUGAGUUCACCCAUAUGCGCUAUACGGCCGUGACAUGUGACCCAGAUGACUUUGUUGAGCGAGGAUAUAAGUUGCGACAAAACAUUGGACGCACGACAAGAGAAACAGAAUUGUUCAUUUGUGUUACGAUGUACAACGAAGAUGAGAUUGGUUUCACACGAACCAUGCACGCCAUCAUGAAGAACAUCAGCCACUUUUGUGGGCGUAAUAAAUCCCGUACUUGGGGUGAGUUGGGUUGGCAGAAGAUUGUCGUCUGUGUUGUGUCCGACGGAAGAGAAAAAGUACAUCCAAGAACGCUUGAUGCGCUGGCCGCCAUGGGCGUCUACCAACACGGCAUCGCCAAGAAUUUCGUCAACUCAAAAGCAGUACAGGCCCACGUGUACGAAUACACAACACAGGUAUCACUGGAUUCAGAUCUAAAAUUCAAGGGCGCUGAGAAGGGCAUUGUGCCAUGUCAGAUGAUUUUCUGCCUCAAGGAGCGCAACCAACGGAAGUUGAACUCUCAUCGGUGGUUCUUCAACGCGUUCGGCAAGGCCCUCAACCCCAACGUCUGUAUCUUGCUAGACGUGGGUACGAGGCCCGGCACCAACUCGCUCUAUCACUUAUGGAAGGCGUUCGACACGGAUUCCAAUGUGGCGGGCGCUUGCGGUGAGAUCAAAGCCAUGAAGGGAAAGUACGGAAGCUAUCUCUUGAACCCGCUGGUGGCGUCUCAAAAUUUCGAAUACAAGAUGUCAAAUAUUCUUGACAAGCCUCUGGAAUCGGUCUUCGGCUACAUAACAGUGUUGCCAGGCGCCCUUAGUGCGUAUCGGUUCCACGCGCUUCAGAACGAUGAGACCGGCCACGGUCCUCUAAGCCAGUACUUCAAGGGUGAAACGCUGCAUGGUCAGCAUGCAGACGUCUUUACUGCCAACAUGUAUCUGGCCGAGGAUCGUAUCUUGUGUUGGGAGUUGGUAGCGAAGAGGAGUGAGAGAUGGGUUCUGAAAUAUGUGAAGAGCUGCACCGGUGAAACAGAUGUGCCUGACGCUGUUCCCGAGUUCAUUUCUCAGCGUCGACGUUGGCUGAAUGGUGCCUUCUUCGCUGCAGUUUACUCGCUUGUGCACUUCAAACAGGUCUGGGCCACCGACCAUACGUUUGCCCGGAAAGUCUUGCUACACAUCGAAUUUGUGUAUCAAUUCAUCCAGCUCCUCUUUACCUACUUCUCCCUUGCCAACUACUACCUCGCAUUUUACUUCCUAUGUGGCGGCCUAUCAGAUCCCAAAGUCGACCCGUUCGGUCACAACGUAGCGUUCUACAUCUUCACGAUUCUGCGCUACGUUUUGAUCCUGCUGACAGCCAUGCAAUUCAUUCUGUCGCUAGGCAACCGGCCACAGGGCGCUAAGAAACUGUACAUGGCCAGUAUUGUUACCUACAGCGUCAUCAUGCUCUACACCGUCUUCGCAACCAUAUGGAUCAUCGUUCACACUAUAACAUCGGAUGGCGGGAUCAAGGUCGGCAGCGGGACAUUCACAAAUCUGAUUCUAUCCAUCACAUCUACCGUCGGCCUGUAUUUCCUCACUAGCUUCUUGUAUCUGGACCCGUGGCAUCUGUUCACUAGCUCGGCCCAAUACUUCGCCUUGUUGCCCGGCUAUAUCUGCACUCUGCAGGUGUACGCGUUCUGCAACACGCACGACGUGACAUGGGGUACCAAGGGCGACAACGUGAUAAAAACGGAUCUAGGCGGUGCCGUGGGCUCAGGCGGCACCGUCGAGCUCGAGAUGCCGUCGGAGCAACUUGACAUCGACUCGGGGUACGACGAGGCGUUGCGCAACCUCCGCGACCGCGUCGAGGUGCCCGCGCCAGGCACUUCGGAAGCCCAGCUGCAGGAGGACUACUACCGCAGCGUGCGCACGUACAUGGUGCUGAUUUGGAUGGUCGUGAACGUCAUUCUCGCUAUGGCCGUAUCUGAAGCUUACGGCAUCCACGACGUCGGCAACAACUUCUACCUCUCCUUCAUCCUCUGGUCCGUGGCCGUGCUCGCCGUCUUCCGCGCCAUCGGCAGCACCACCUUCGCCAUCCUCAACGCCAUCAACAUGAUCGUCGAGGGCCGCGUGAGAAUCAGCCUCAAGUUGCCUGAGUGGGUGCGCGGCGGCGAAUGGAUGAGCAGCAUUGGCUCACGCGUUAGCGACACGGUGAGCGAUAUCGCGAGUAGUGUGCGCAGGUAACUGCUUCUGUUAUCCGAAUCGUCUCAUGCUUCAUGGUCACGUAAUUGAUGAUUUGUUUCGUGUUUUCUGCUGUCAUGAGACGGCGAACUUGCUUCGAUGUACAUCUCCGAUAAUGACGAAAACGGCGUUGGUGGAAGGAGUUCAGGUACCGUUCACGGAGUUCGUGUGCACAUACUGCUUCUCUAGGAGAGGGUCAAUUGGUUGGACUGGCGGCUGAUGUUCGUUGUUUUUUGUGUGUUUGAACAUUGUGUUGUAUUGACUGGAGUUGCUAUGGGCAUGAGAUAUCUUCGCCUGGUGGAGGGCAACUUGUUUGAAUGGGUUCAAUUGGCACGCUACGCAGUGCGAGAUAGAAUUCAAUAUACCUUUCUUACUUGAAUCAAAUGAUGAAUUGAUUUGAAGGUGACGUUUGCCUCAGUAUCUCGGCUUCUUUAUAUUGUGAUGUUUGUUGAUAUGUUGAUGAAGGAAUCGGUAUGCCAUGCACGCUAAACGAGGCGGAGGAAGUGUUGUCUCC